AUCAGAUCGACCUGCAGCAGCAGCAGCGGUGCAGCCUCAGCUUGUCCUGUCCUGCCAUCACUCCAACACUCACCUUUAACUGGAGGACACCUGGAGGACUGCGGCUGCUACUGGACUUCUUCUACACUUUUCAGGAGUUUUUAAACUGAGGAACAUAAACUUUAAAAAAAAAAAAACUCUUGGAUGUCUUUAAGCUCCUGGGGAUUUUCUUUUUCCCCAAGGUGUCAUCACCUGGAUUGUGUCUCUUGAGACUUUAUUGUGGAAAGUUUGAGAAAAGGACUUUAAAUUUUUUUUUUUUUUUCCCGUGUGGGACAGACACUGCUGUGGGAAAAAAGAUGUUCUGCUCCAGGAGAGUCCUGCAGCAGUGGUGCUUCGCUCUGUUCCUGCUCUGCUCUCCGGUGCCUCACUACGGGCGGCCGAUUGAUGCCCUGAGCAACAGAAUAAGACGGUCUGUGACUCACGCCCAGCUGAUGCACGACAAAGGCCGGACGCUGCAGGACUUUAAGCGUCGCAUGUGGCUGCAGGAGCUUUUGGACGAAGUCCACACGGCGGAGAUCCGCGACCUCCCGGCCCGGACCACCGGAGGAGGCGGGAGCAGCAGCGGCGCCGGCGUUGGACUCCCGGGGGUCAGCCUGGGCAUCAACCUGAGCACCACCGGCAGCACCCUGCACUCCAAACCUCCCGGAGGAACCAAGAACCUCCCCAUCAGCUUCAGGCUGGAGGAGGAGGAGGGCACCAACCUGCCGCAGGAGACCAACAAGUCUCAGACGUACAAAGACGGCGUGCUGAAAGCACCCGGCAAGAAGAAGAAGAAAGGGAGGUCUGGGAAGAGGAGGGAGGGAGAGAAGAGGAAGAGGAGGGCGCGUUCGUUGGGGUGGAUUUUGGAGGACGAACCCGGGAGCGGACUCCACCUGGAGUGGAGGUCUCUGCUCGGCCUGCGGAGGGCGCUGCUUUAAAACGCUGUCAGUCUCUG